AUGGCCGCGGACAAGGUUUUAGAAGGCGUUUUCGCCAUCAACAAACCGUUUGGCAUGAGCUCUGCGCAAGUGAUCCGCGAUUGCCAGGAGUACUUCAACCCGUCGGCUGUCUUUGGGUCCCUGAUGGAGCAGGAUAGGAAACUGCGCGAGAAGGAGUCCCGCUACCAGAAACGACGCCGUAGUAAGGCGAAACAGGACAUCCGAGUGAAAAUGGGCCACGGCGGCACGCUGGACCCGUUGGCCACGGGCGUGCUGAUCUUAGGCGUUGGGAGGGGGACCAAGUCACUGCAGAACUUUCUGACCUGCACCAAAACCUACGAGGCCGUCGUCCUUUUCGGCGCCAGCACCGAUACGUACGACCGCACAGGUCGCAUCAUCAAGCGCGGCAGGUAUGAUGAUGUGACCCGCCAGGCGGCCGAAACGGCGCUAAAUGGUUUCCGGGGCAAGAUCCGUCAGAUGCCGCCGUUGUACUCGGCACUUAAGAUGAACGGAAAGCCGCUGUAUGAAUAUGCCCGGGAAGGGCGGCCGAUCCCACGAGAGAUUGAGACGCGCGAGGUGGAAGUAGCCGAACUAGAUCUGGUUGAAUGGUACGAGCCCGGCACGCACAACCACCGGUGGCCUACGGACGAGGCUGAGGCAGCCGAGAAGAACCUGGUCGACUCAGUCUGGCGUGUGGCCAGACGGCAGAUCGCCACGGACGAGGAAAUCACCAAACUUACGCCCGAGCAACAAGAGGAAGAGACGCGUGCCCGUGACGAAUACAACACCAAGAAGCGCGAGGCCGAGGAACGAGUCGACAAUCUCGUCAGCGAGGAGCAAGACCAACCACAACCCCCGGCCGCUAAGCGCAAAAAGACCAACACCGGCGCCCCCGCUGCCACAGCUGCCGAGCCAGCCCUCAUGUCUGGCGCCCUCGGGCAGCUACCACCAAAAGGCAGAGGCUCCGACUUGAUUGCCCCGGCCCCCUCAGCUGAUACACCUCCACCUUGGGAAGGCAAGGGUCCCGCAGCGGCCAAAAUCCGGAUGACGGUCACGUCUGGUUUCUAUGUGCGCAGCCUGUGCCACGACCUCGGCGAGAAACUAGGGUGCGGCGCCAUGAUGGCUGAGUUGAGCCGCACCCGGCAAGGGCAGUUCGUCCUAGGCGGAGCAAAUUGUAUGGAGUACGAGAAUUUGCUCAAGGGUGAACAGGUGUGGGGGCCGCAAGUAGAACAGAUGUUGAAUCUAUGGAACGAUGGGGGGGGCAAGGUAGAAGUCCCGACUGUUGGUGCUAAAACGGACGCUGGGGCCGAGAGCGCGCCCGCCAGUGAGGGGAAGGAUAUUAUGGAGAAGAAACAGGAAGCGACUCCACAACAGAUUUCGCCGCCAGCGGCAGAACCUAUGUCGUUGAAGCAGGACGGGGCCAUUCCAGAGCAAGUAGCGGCAGAGGAAGAAACACCGGUGGCAGCGGCGGCCGGUGCAUAG